AUGACGGUGCCCGGGCGGGUCGCGGAGCUCGAGCAGCCGAGGCCAGCCUGGCGCCCCGCUGCCUGGCUCAGCAAGCAGAGCCGCCUGCUUAACGGGGCCGUGCGGAGCGCCCGCGCCACGUCCCCCAUGGGGCGCGUCAUCCUCAUCAACUCGCCCAUCGAAGCCAGCAGCAACGAGAGUGUGGUUAUCAACGCCGUCACGGUGGAGAAGAGCGCGGACGGCAAGCUGGGCUUCAGCGUCCGUGGUGGCUCCGAGCACGGGCUGGGCAUCUUCGUGAGCAAGGUGGACCGCUCGCCCCUCGCAGAGCAGGCUGGGACUGUGCGUGGGCGACAAAGAUCACGGAGGUGAACACAGCGUGAGCUGGAGAACAUCACCAUGAGCAGCGCCGUCAAGGUCCUCACCGGCAACAACCGCCUCCGCAUGGUGGUGCGGCGCAUGGGCCCGCGUGCCGGGUCAAAGUUCUCCAAGGAGAAGACGGCCUGGGUGGACGUGGUGAACAGGCGCCUGGUGGUGGAGAAGAGCGGCUCGACGCCGUCGGAGAGCGGCUCCGAGGACGGCCUGCGGCGCAUCGUCCACCUCUACACCACCUCCGACGACUACUGCCUGGGCUUCAACAUCCGCGGCGGCCGCGAGUUCGGCCUCGGCAUCUACGUCUCCAAGGUGGACCCCGGGGGGCUGGCAGAGCAGAACGGCAUUCGGGUGGGCGACCAAGUCCUUGCAGCCAACGGAGUCAAGUUCGAAGACAUAAGCCAUAGCAAGGCGGUGGAGGUGCUCAAGGGGCAGACCCACAUCAUGCUGACCAUCAAGGAGACCGGGAGGUUCCCUGCCUACAAGGAGAUGGUGGCCGAGUACUGCUGGCUCAGCCGCUUGACCAACGGGCAGCUGCAGCAGCUGUCGCAGACAUCAGAGACCAGCUCCUCCAUCUCCUCCUACUCUUCGGGGCCACCACCGGCGGUGGUGAACGGGCUGGGGACGGCGGCCCCGGGGCCACCCACCCGCACCGUGGACGUGGCCAUCUCCACGGAGGACGGGCCGCGGCGGGGCUGGGCACGGGAGCGCGCCGAGCGGGCCAUGCAGACGGACCCGGCCACCGAGGGGCUGCCGGAGACGCGGCGCACGAUGCGGCCCCCCGAGCUGCUGCGGGACACGGCCAUCCGGGGCCAGGGCGCCCGCGAGCCCCCCGGCACCCACCCGCGCCGCACCUUCACCCACUCGCCCAAAACGGCGCUGCUGCUGGCGCUCAGCCGGCCUCGGCAGCCCAUCACGCGCUCCCAGAGCGACCUCACCGUCGCCGAGGAGAAGCGGAAGAAGGAGAAGCCGGAGGGACAGGGGGCACGGGGGGCCCCCCCCGGGCUGCACCGCUCCAAGACCCUCGUCAACCUCUUCUUCAAGGGCGGCCGUGCCACCAGCCAGAGCUGGGCCCCCCCGAGCCAGGACCCCCCCGGCUCCGAGCGCCGGGCACGCGCCAAGUCCCCGGGGCGCCCCGAUGGGGACAGAGUAGGCGCUGUGCAGAAGUUUGUCAUCCGGAGCCUGAAGCGGGAGAAAAGCCGCCGUGCCAGCAUCCUGGCCCUGGCCGGCCCCGCCACCCCGCAGCCCAACGGCAGCGACCCCGAGGCACGGCUCCCGCUCAUCCAGGACACGGCAGCACGGCUGCUCAGCCCCGACGAGGUGACGGCCGUGCUCCGCCACUGCACCCGGUACCUGCACGAGGGCAGCGUGGAGGAUCUGGUGAGGCCUCUGCUCGCCAUCCUGGACCGGCCCGAGAAGGUGCUGCUGCUGCGGGACGUGAGGAGCGUGGUGGCCCCCACGGACCUGGGCCGCUUCGACAGCAUGGUGAUGCCCCUGGAGCUGGAGGCCUUCGACGCCCUCAAGAGCCGCUCAGUGCGGUCGCCUGCCCUCCGCCCGGCCCACCACGAUGUCCCCCCCAAGAGACACCUCAUCACGCCAGUGCCUGACUACCGCGGCGGCUUCCUGCUGAAGCCAGCGGGGGCCCCGGAACUGGAGGAAGCCGGGGGGCUGCCGUCGAGCCCGGCCCGUCCACGGGCAUCCCCCAGCCCCCACCGGCUUCACCCCCGCUCCUACACCCCGCUCCCCGACGUGCCAGUGGACGCCUACAACUGCACCAGCGGCCCCCCGCCCGCCCCAGGACCAGGGCCCCCCAACUGGCUGCUGGCCGAGCCCCCCCGCGAGGGGCGCAGGCGCUCGCGCAGCCCCCAGCCCACCCGGCACGCGGAGCCCCCCCGGGCAGGCGAGGACGGGCGCUGCUCAGGGUUGGGAAAGCCCCGGAGGGCACGGGCCCCCCUCGCGCCCCUCUUUGGGGGGCCAGGAGGGGAGGCGGGGGCUGCGCUGGCCGCCAACGGCCCCAAGGAGGAGGAGGAAGAGGAGGAGGAGGAAGAGCGGCUGCUGACCGUCACCCUCUCCAAGCUGAAGCACUCGCUGGGGAUCAGCAUCUCGGGCGGCAUCGAGUCGCGGGCGCAGCCGGUGGUGAAGAUCGAGAAGAUCUUCCCCGGGGGAGCCGCCUUCCUCAGCGGCGUCCUCAAGGCAGGGCACGAGCUGGUGUCGGUGGAUGGGGAGAGCCUGCAGAACGUCACGCACCAGCGGGCCGUGGACACCAUCCGCCAGGCGUACCGCAACAAAGCCAAGGAGCCCAUGGAGCUGGUGGUGCGGGUGCCUGCCCCCCACCCGGAGUGA